AUGUUCACACACUUUACUUUGACGUUAAUAAUCGAAAUUGUUUAUAUAUCAUUGAUUAGUAGUCAACGAUAUUACGCUUUUGUUGAAACUCUAUUUGUUAUUGAUACAAAUUAUUUUCCACAACCAUCACAAAUUUCCUAUGAAAAUUAUAUACAAACUAUUGUUGAUACAGCAAAUAUAAUAUUUCAAUCAAAGAAUGAUCUUGAUAUUAAAAUAGAAGUUAUUAAUUCAAAGAUUGUUAACUUCAAUAUUGUUCAACCAGUACCAAGAGAACCUCAUAGUUAUGAACAAAUUCUUCGCGGAUUGGUUAAUGAUUAUGAUAAAUAUGAUUCAAUUGUAUUACUUUGUUAUCAACCAUGGGAAGGAAAGGAUGGUGCUCAAGGUUAUGCUAUACUAAAAGGAAUUUGUAAUUCAGCUAAUAAAAUCCUGUAUUUACUUCCAUAUCAGAAUGCAGGAUUUUAUCUUGCUCAUGAAAUUGGUCAUCAACUUGGUCUUAUUCAUCAAGUUGAUACUACAUGUUAUACAACAUCGUAUAUGACCGUUAUGACUAGAACACAUACAGCUUCGUAUGAACAAGCACGUUGGUCGAAAUGUGAAAACAAUUGGAUAAAUAAUCAUAUUUGUGAAUUUGAAUGUCUUUUUAAUAAACCAAUUAAUUAUCAACCAAUUAAAAAUAAAUAUUCUACAAUGCCUGGUAAACGUAUGAAUAAUGAUCAACAAGCAAGAAUGAUCGAACCGAAUGAAUAUGCCAUGGGAGAAGUAGUAACAAAUACAUAUAUGCCAGCAAAUGUAACGACUCAAUGUUUAUAUUUCCGUUAUUUUAUUGAAGGAUCAAGUAGCAAAUAUAAAUAUAUACUUAGUCCAAUGUUACCAGGUUCAGAAUGUGGUAUAAAUUCAGUUUGUUAUGAAGAUCAAUGUAUUUCAUUAGAUAAUCUUGAUUCAUCAUUAAUUAGUAUUGAAUAUGAUAAUAAAAUACUUGAUUUAACUACACAUUGUACUUCAAAUAAUAAUCCAGAGGAUUUAAAAGCUAGUAAUCAGGAUCUACAUACUGAUAUUAAAUGUAUUAAUUGGGAAAAUGAUUACUUAUGUCAUCAAUCCCAAGCAUGUCCACAGACAGAUGAUUCAAGUACAACAGGACUUUAUAUAAGACAUGUAUGUUGUGCAAAAUGUUCAUCAACACCUCAUGCUAUCUCAACUAUACUUAAUCGAGCUCGAAUAAACCAAAGAUAUAUGAUGUCGUCAAUAUUCACUGUUUGGAUUGUUUUUCUUUUCUAA